AUGGUUUUGUUCACUCACGGAGGGGGGGGGGAGUUAGGCAAUUGAUAAGGCCCAAAAAUCAAUUAAGACCUAAGCUAGGACUUUUUCUGAUUAAUUUUUCAUUUAUUUAAUCAUUUUCAUAUUUUCAUUGAUGAUUUUGCCAUUUAUUGACAGAGAUUUAUGAUGACGUCAAACAGAAAAUGGAAGCAAAAUCUCAAAAAUUCUGAUAUGUAUGAAUCUAAUCUUGACAAAUUUAAGAGGCAAAGUUAAUCGACGAUAAAGCUGAAUAAAUUGAUUACUUAUUUGAAAUUAAAAAUCCGUUAAGGAGAUAUGUGCAAGCGUAAAUCUUUGCAGUGAUUUUUUAUUUGUGGAGCUUGGAGAGUUGAAGAUGGGGAUUUCCUGAUGGCCAAUCUUGGAGGAAUGCAAAUUGGUGAUUCACUGGGAAAAACAAACUCAGCUUUUGCAACAUUGAAGAGCUCUGUGUUGUGUUUUUUGUUUUGUUGAUGUUAUUUAUAUUUGUAG